UUCUGGUAGAAGCGGGGGCAAGGAAGGCGGGUCUGGCUGGGAGGUCGCUGCAACGCUUCACAAUCCGAGAGGAAACAACCCGGAGUUGUUGGGCGCCCUUGCUGCAAAAAACAACAACAACAAACAAAAACAAAAACCCCGACCCCCAUCGUGCUCGGAGGCCGUGGCAAGCAUGGGCGUCACCUGUAUAUCUCAGAUGCCAGUAACAGAGGGAAAAAGUGUUCAGCAAACAGUUGAAACCUUAACAAGAAAACUGGAGCUACUUGGUGCAGAAAAACAAGGAACAUUUUGUGUGGAUUGUGAAACCUACCAUACUGCGGCCUCCACAAUGGGCAGUCAAGGACAGACUGCCAAACUGAUGUAUGUGAUGCACAAUUCGGAAUAUCCCCUCAGCUGUUUUGCUCUCUUUGAAAAUGGCCCAUGUCUCAUAGCAGAUACCAACUUUGACAUACUUAUGGUGAAAUUGAAAGGCUUCUUUCAAAAUGCCAAAGGAAACAAAAUAGAGAGCCGAGGCACUCGGUACCAGUACUGUGAUUUUUUGGUGAAGGUUGGCACAGUCACCAUGGGGCCCAGCGCCCGUGGAAUAUCUGUUGAGGUGGAAUAUUGUCCAUGUGUCGUAACCACUGACUGUUGGAACCUUGUAAUGGAAUUCAUGCAGAGCUUUAUGGGAAAUCAUGCUCCUGGUAUCCCCUCUGUGUUCAAUAAUAAGCAUGACAGCAUCUACAAUCCAGCUGAUACAAUAGUUCAAUACAUGGAACUUUUCAACAAAAUUCGCAAGCAGCAGCAGGUGCCUGUGGCAGGUAUGAGAUGAAGUAUCAGAAAAUGUUCUUCAAGUAAGCAACCACUUUGUUGAAUAGAAAUUCAGUCCAGUGUUCUAGAUGGUAGUUGUUACCCAUCAAAGCAACACAUCUCUGUUCUAAAUAUCUUUUUGUUGAAGAUGAAUACUCUCUCAUAUCAGACUCUCAGAAAUCUGUGCCAUAGUUACUUUGCCCUUGUUUUAGAUUCAGGGAAUCUAGUCAUGGAAACCAAUAUCUGUACUGUUAUACAUAGGUUAAAUUUUAUAUUAGUGAAAACAUAGAAUCUGUAUGUAUUGGUUUUAAAGAUGUUGUUUGUCAUUGUAUUCUUCUGUCCAGUAGGUAGUACUUAUUGUUUAGUUUGCAUUUUGCUCCUGUAAAGCCUUUUUGUUAGUUCUCAUAUAAAUAUAUCAUUCUUCCCAAUUAAAAAGUUAUUAAAAGCUAUUUUCUAAUUAAUUUAGUCAAGUCUUGAUAAAUUAAAUUCAGAAUUGUCAGUAUCAGAUCAAUUCCAUAUAGACCAAACAACUUGACUGUGAAAAAAGUAUAUUUCAGUAAUUGAUUCUUAUUCCCAUCAUAUAAAUAAUCUGGUAUAAUUUAAAAUGCAACCUGAGUUUUUUUAUUCCUUGCACAUGGGUAGCUGUUUAACUUGGAGAACUAGAGCAUAAAUAUAUUUGAAAAGAAUGUUGGUCUUACCUGAUAUGUUUAUUCUCUUUGGUGGUAAGAGAGUCCAAAUAAGGAUUAACUCUGUCUCCUAGCUGAUUGGAUUGAGUCUGUUAAAGGUACUUUGGCUCCACCUCUGUUGCUGGGUUUCCCCAGCUUUCAGCGAAGUCACAUGACAGACUGGACUUGCCUCUGUAAGUGGGAUAAGAACUAAACUCAUCUUCCCCUGGCCUGCACCCCAGACCAGACGUACCCAGGGCGGGGCUGGACUCUCUUACCAUCAAAGAGAAUCAACAUAUCAGGUAAGACCAAUGUUUUUUCUCCUUUGUGUGGUUGUGAGAGUCCAGGUAAGGGACAUACCAAAGCUGGAGUGUCCAAAGGAGGGUCAAGUCUGGUCCUGGUCACACUGCUCUGUAUGCAUUCUCUGCAGAACUCAUCUGUCAAACGCUGCAUCGGCCGGUGCGAAGGCGUCCAAGCAGUAGUUUCUGAUGAAUGGAGAGGGUGAAGACCACGUAGCUGCCCGGCAGAUCCUGCAUGGCCCAAGCUGCCAUUGUAGCCGCACUCCUCAUAGAAUGGGCUGUCACUCCAUGAGGCAGUGGAAGAGACCUACUCUCUUAGGGUCUAGAAAUGCAGGAACAGAUCCACCUGCCCACAGUCGAUGGUGUGAAUUUACCACCCAAUGUGGCUGUUGAAAAGACACGAACCCAUUUUAUGGAAAGCAGCAGUCCUCUAAAUAUAGCUCUUUAAAGCUCUACGGACAUCAAUCGUUUGCCACACCCGUUCUAAUGCAUGACCAGGGUUUGGACAGAAAUUAGGCAGGAUGAGUUCCUGUGCCCUGUGGAACCACAAAUUGACUUUAGCUACAAAGGCUAGAUACAACCUCAGGACCAUCCUGUCCGAGUGAAAGAUGCACAGGUCCUCACAAACUGACAGAGCCGCCAGCUCCGAGACCCUUCUAGCCGAUGUUAUUAUGGAGACUAGCAGAUCUUAGCGGUUCGAAGGGAGUGCAAGUAAGAGACUGUAAUACUUUGGACAGGUCCCAUGUGGGGUACCUGUGUACUACCGGAGGUCGAAGAUUAGUAACUCGUUUAAGAAAUCUGCGCACUGUAGGAUUGUGUGUUAGGGAACCUGACUUCCCAUAAGGCAGAACUGAAGAUAAGGCCACUCCCUGCUGGCGAAUUGUAUUAGCUGAAAGUCCUUUGUUAAGGCCAUUCUGCAGAAACUCCAAAAUAUUUGCAAUAGGUACAGCUAUAGGAUUAAGUCCUGACUUAGAGCACCACUGACAAAAAGCCUUCCAAGUUGCAUCAUAAAUACAUUUUGUAGAAGGCCUUCUAGCAGCCUGAAUAGUCUGGAUAACUCUAUCUGAAAGAUUAUCCCGCCUCAGAGAGCCCCACUCAAGCGCCAUGAGGCUAGCUGUAGUCACUGUGGCUCCACAUGAACCAGGGCUCCCUGAUGCAGAGAGAUCCUGUCUUGCAGAAUUCUCCAUGGCAGAGCAAUGGAUAAAUUUACCGGGUCUGCAAACCAGGGACGGCAGAGUCAAUAAGGCACCAGCAGGAUGACCUCCGCCCUCCUCCAAAACCUUCCGGACCACCACUGGUAAGGGAAAAGGAGGAAAAGUGUACAAGAGGCCUGGAGGCCACCAGCUUUGUAGGGCAUUGGUCCCCUCCACUCCUGAGGUGAUGAAUCUGGGGUGAUGAAUCUGGUGAAGAACCUGGGCAGUCAGGUACUGCUUGGGUUAGCAAAUAAAUCUACAACGGGUUGGCCGAACCUCCUUCUCAUCUCUUGGAAAAGAGAGGGACCGUAUGAUCUCUUCUGGCUCUGCUGAGCCAGUCCACCUACACAUUGUCUAUUCCAGAGAUGUGCUCUGCCCAAAUAUUUAUGAGAUGGUUUUCUGCCCAGCGGCCCAAGCAUUCCACUUCCAACAUGAGGGACCUGGACCAUGUCCCCCCUUGUCAGUUUAUGUGCGCCUUGGCGGCCACAUUGUCAUAAUUAGAACAUGAGCCCCCUCCACCAAAUGUUGAAAACUCCUGAGGGCCAAAUGAACAGGCCUCAACUCCAACCAGUUGAUGUUUCUUCCUUGUUCCAGCCAUGACCACUGCCCCUGCACCAUUUCUGACCAUAGAUGCGUUCCCCAUCCGGAAAGGCUGGCAUUGGUCGUGAUGAUGAGCCUGAUGGGCUCCUUGAAUAGGUGACCUUUGCAGAUCGCCCAUGAUUGCCACCACUGGAAUGACCUUGUUACCGACCUCGGAAUCCUGACCUUGAACAAGGAGUGACUCCUGCCUGCCCUCCCUUGGGGGCUUGCUGGAAGUCUGGGCCUCUGCCAUUUUAGCCUGAAGGACAGGGAAGCAUGUGCCAAAAGAGGAGGGGGUGGAAGGUGAAUGCUGCAGCCCCCCCCCCCUCCAACCCCUACAUGUGCACCAAUGGAUUUCUCCUUACCAGGUCUUCUGGCUUGAUUCUGGCCGUGCAAUGCCUUUAGCUAAGCUCUGGCCACACCCUGCUGGAAAUCCUGUCCUGGCCUUGCUAGUGCCUUGUCAUGCCAGAAGAGAGCCAAGAAAUCUGUUCAGGCCCUGAUCAAUCUGGGUCAGGCCCUCCAAGGCUGCGAUACUUGAUCCUUUCCCUCAGUGCUGGGUCGCUUCCCCCAGCACUGGCACUAGCAGCAGGAGCACAGGCUGAUCAGCUGUGAAGCAGGCUGAUCCUCCCACCGAUCCAUGUUCACCACUGACUACACAGCCAUGGCCUGCACGUCUGCAGCCCUGCACGCCGCUUUUCCUCAGGCAGCUCCAACAAUGGAGCAAAAAGCCUGCAGCACCGACCUCUUCUUUAUCUCCAAAUUCUCCAAAACACACUCUUUGCAAAACUGAAAAUACAAGAGGUUAAAAGACACGUCCGUCCUGGCUGAGGGACUAAGUCAAAAUCUGGGGAAAGCCAGCAACAGAGGUAGAGCUAAAGUAGCUUUGACAGACUCAGUCCAAUCCGCUAAGAGGUGGAGUUAACCCUUACCUGGAUUCUCGCAACCACACAAAGGAGAAAGAAAGGUUCAGUUUUAAAAUUCUAAAGUCGUAAACAUGUAAAUUUUCAUCAGGAUUUUAUAUGGAUAACUUUAUUCAACAGUCAAAGUCUAUAUGGUCAAAGUAACGACUGUUAUUUUGUAACUGAUUUCAGAAUGUAAUAACUUUUUUCUGUCUAUGCAUAAUAAGCAUUGUCCUACUGAAAGUGAGAGUAAACAUUUAUUUGAAGUUUUGGUUUUGUGCUCAAACACUGCAGCUGUUAAUUGUAUUUGGUCAUUAAUUCUUUCUUUUUCCAUUAGAAAACAUUAAAACUAUAUAAAAUUAAAAAUUAUGGUCAAUAUUAUUGAUUGGCUCAAAACAAUUAUUGCCCAAAUCAUUCGUGAUGUUUUUAUUGGGUAAGCAACUGUCAUUUUUAAGUCUAUAUAUUAAAACAUUAAAGUGCCUAGAAAUGUUUCUCAGUAUUUUUAACCUUACUCAUUGGCUAUGAGCCCAGAAAGAUUUGACAAAUUGUUAAUAUAUGCAGAAAAUUGUCUGCAUUGUAAGCAAAUGAAUAAUUUUAACAUAAGAAAAUUGAAUCUGAUCGAUGAACCAUAUCCAACUUUAAUAUGUUGUGACUUUUGUGAUUGCUGAUGAACUGCAGGCAAUAAAGACUGAAGACUCAG